UUUGACUAAAGUAUUUGAACCACCUAAUCCUUACUAGAUCAAGAUGAGGAGGCGGUCUAUCCUCUACAUCGCCAACUUCUUGGUACCCAUCAUGUUCUUCUUUUGUCUGGACUUGGCCUCAUUCCUGAUCUCGGACAGCGGGGGGGAGAAGCUCAGCUUCAAGGUCACUGUGCUGCUUGCUGUCACUGUGAUGCAGCUUCUUCUCAAUGAGAUUCUGCCUUCGUCGUCAGACAGGAUUCCUCUUAUAGCGGUCUACUGCAUUGGGAUGUUUGGUUUGAUGAUGCUAAGCCUCCUGGAGACAAUUUUGGUGAUGUAUCUAAUGGAGAAAGACGCUGCAUCCCAAGACAAUGAGGCAGAUAAAGACCAAAGCCUGAGUGAGGACUGUAACAAACAGGGCAAAGUCAGCUUCCACAACCAUGAUGGAGAGAUGAAGAAAUGGACUCACUGUGCUUGUGUUUGUGAUGUGUCUGCUGAUGAACCUCCAUCUGAACUGCUGUCAUUGGCUAGAGAGGGCAACAGCAGCCAACUGACGGAUGAGUCCAAUGCCUUGGAGAAGGUCUCAGAUGAGCUGAGGGAGAUGGAGAAAACACUGGUCCUGAUCCUCAACAGCAGGAAGGAAGAUGGGAAGCCCGGCUACUGGACCAGAGUGACUAAAACAAUCAACAAAGUUUUCUUCAUUUUCUAUGUCACAGUGGCCAGUCUGUUUUUAGUUGUUAUCUUUUCAAAAUGGAACCAUGCAUCAGACGAGUAGUGGCAAAGUGUAAAAACAGGAUUAAGACAAUGCUAAUCUAACACAUAUACUCUGUAUUAGCCCAUGACAUCAAUUUGGUUGUAUUAUACAGUUCU